GACGCCGCUUGAUGAGGCGGGAUCAUUUCAGCUGCGACUGUCAAGAUUGGCAAAGAGCUGGCGCUGCUGAGCGCAGGUAAAAAAAGGAACAAGCGACACAAAACAGAAAACAUUUAUCCUGGCGGAAAGCGACGAGUGCGAUGGAAACGGACUGUCCUGCGAAACCUUAUUGUGAGGCAGAAACCCUAAAACGAGGUAUUUAAGUCGGGCGGGAAAAGCGCAACACCUUCAGCUUCUUGGGAAGAAAGUGUCGUUGUGUCAACCAUCGUUUGGCUCUCCCGGGCACGCUUUGUACAGCGAGCAACUUGGACAGCUGCGUGUUUUCAAGCGAGCCAUCAACAAAGAAUGAAAGCAUUCAAACGAGCUCUAGAAGACGAGCAUCGCCCGGAGCAGGAGCACUCCUCGGCUGUGUCGGACAGCGAUGACGGCUCCCCGCUCGACCUGUCAGGAAGAGGGCUCUUUGGGAAGCGCCGUCGCCGCGGCAACCUGCCCAAGGAGGCGGUGCAGAUUCUGCGGAGCUGGCUGUACGAGCACCGCUUCAACGCCUACCCGUCAGAGCAGGAGAAACUCAGUCUGUCAGGCCAGACCAACCUCUCUGUGCUGCAGAUAUGUAACUGGUUCAUCAAUGCACGCCGCCGCCUCCUCCCAGACCUGCUUCGCAAGGAUGGCAAAGAUCCCACAAAAUUCACCAUCUCCCGCAAGGUUGGCGGUAAAGGUGAAAGUCACUCGUCUAAUGGGGGUGGAGCCAGCUCCCCAGAAAGCAACCCAUCAUCACAACAACGCCCGUCUGUCAUCCGCUCUGCCCCCACACUGGACCUCAGUCUUCUUGGGAACACGGCGACAGCUAUUCUGACAGGAGCAGGCUACCCCGGUAAGGAGGGAUCGGUCCAGGCGCUGAUGAAGCUGGAUACGCAAAGUCUACUGAGGGAAGCAGAGGAACAGGGCACUUGUCUUACCAGCACAACAAUGGCAGCUAGCCCCACCAGUGGCCUCUUCAACACCCCACCGCCAACCCCACCAGAGCUGUUCCCCACCCAGGACUUCAGCGACUUGAGGCUCCUGGUCGAUGCAGCGCUACAGAGGGCAGCAGAGCAGGAGAACCUGAAAAGACUCCAGGAGAGCCAGAACAGACCCACAGAUGCAGUAAAGACUGAACCAGUGGAGGCACAGUGCAGUGCUUACAGCAGUGACUUGGGACCCACACCGCCUCCAGAGGACAGCCAACAAGUUAUGGAUCCUUCAAGGGUGCAGAGUCUGAUGGAGAAGGCUAUGGCUGUACCAGUACCCGCUGUAGCCUCAGUGAAGGCUCCAGUGCCUCUGUCCUUAGCGGCCUCUGCACCAGUCUCGGCUCCAGUCCUGGUCUCAGCCCAGAGGCUAUCUCCUCUCCCAAUGAAUAAAGUCAUCUGGAGCCCAUUGGAGAAGGACACUGCCAGAGCUUCCAGCCCAAGUCAGCCCCAGCUCAUUUCAGCCCAUCUGCCAACCUUAGUGCCAGUGUCUGCCUCAGUUUUAGGACAGCCCAAUUCCCCAAAACAAGCUGCUGCUCCAGCCAUCACCCCAGCUUCAUCAUCAGCUCCAUCAUCAGCUCCAUCCUCAAACUCAGUUCAAGCUCUGCUGCACACUGCAUGCCCUGCGGGUGCAUCGGUGCCAGCUACAAGGCCAGUCUCAGUGCCAUCACCAGCCCUUCUCCCAGCCACAAGUUCCAGCACCGUCACUGCUCCAAGCCAGACUUCACCCCACAGCGUAGCGCUUGUUCCAGCUGCUCCUUCUCCGGCCAUCACCUCCUUUACACCCCCCAGAGGAAUCCCGCUUUACCUGCCGUUCCACAAAUCCCCCUUAAUCCCAGUUACAGUUCCAUGUCCAUCACCUGUCUCGACCGCAUCGUCUCCAGCCCCUGUUCACACCACAGUCUUUGCCACGGCACAAGCUCCAACUCCUCUCCCCACCUCAGCCCCAACAUCCUCCUCUACACCAACAAUUGCACCUCUUCUAGGUCUGGCUCCCCACCUCUCUUCUCCGCCUAUUCAGCCCUCCUCCACAAGCAGCAACAGCACCACCACCAACAGUAGCAGUAUUAGUAGUAGUAGUAGUGCACAGAGGAAUUCAACAGUGGUGCCCAGCGUUUGGAGCAUGGUCCAUGCUGAUACCAGGCAACCGAGCUCUCUUCAAGUGGUAAAGACCCCCAUCACCACAGUGUGGGGCCCGCAGCACAGCCUGCACACAGUGAGCGAAACUGUUAACUAGGAGCUGAAAGCACCUUUUUUUUAAAAAUAUAUAUACAAAUAUAAAUAUCAGCAGAGGAGAGGGGCCAAACAUUCCCUUUGGCUGGACAACACUGUAUAUAGGAGAAUGUAUCUUCAUCACCGGCCCCCUUUUUGUCGUUAAAGCCUGUGCCUGCAGAAUACAGGGAAUUAAAUGAGAUGUGUGAAGUAAUGAACGUGGGCUGUUACAGACUUGUUGUUUUCAAGCAACUUUUUAUUGUUUAAAAUAUGCUGUUCUUCGAUGGAGGCGCCUGCUGGUAAAAUCACUUUUGAUGCCAUUUCUCGGAAUGAACAUUCCACAGCGGAGAGUCGACGUAGUGUAUAGUUUUUCAUGACCUUUUCAAAUCUCUUUCCACAUGACGAUUUAUGAACGAGGAAGAGGAUAUCCCUUAAUUGUACAAAAUUUCAACCGGUGUAAUUAUCAGCACCAGCAGUUAGCCUCUUCAGUAGCAGUACCGGACUUUAUUGAAUGUACAAAAGACAUUGAUAUCAUUGGCCAGACUGCCCGUCAUCCACUCCUCUCCCAGGAUUAAAAGGAAGACAUGAGUUUUGUUUUUUUUUCUACACACAGCGUAUUUCUCUACAGUCGUGCAAUUCAGAUGAUUUUUCAGAAUUUAGUCUGUUACGCCACUACUUUCAUCCCCCUUUUUUUUUUUUUUUCUCCAUGGAGAUGAGCAGCAGGGAAAUUGAUUGUACUGCAGCGAGCCUGACUGAAUGACUCGCCUUGAUGUGUCACCCCCACCCACCCUCACCUCCCCAUCUUCCUGCCUUUUUUUUUUAUAGCUAAGGGGAUUCAUCAGCCCUCGUGAAUUGUCAUCUCAACCACCCAAUACAUGGUCUCAAGUUAUACUUUUUCUUCCCCCAACCUAUAAUAGCGCGCCCUGUUUUCUGUGUGUUUUGCCAAAUAAGACGCAGUUAUGUCUGUUGUGAUCAGUUGUGUACAGUUUUCAGGGAUUGUUGUUGUUGAGGAGAAGGAUGGCUGUGGAUAUAGGAUGAAGGGGGAGAAGGUCACAUUGGCUCUGUUACAGAAAUCAAUUUCAGUGGUGAGGUGAGCAGCUUGGUGGCCCCAUGAAGCUCUUACCGCUCCUGACCUGAAACGUUACACUUGCUGUGAGACAUGGCGCCUUUUAGCUUUUGUGGUGCAAAAACACUUUAAAUGUUGGAUCCUCUGAUUUAGAGGAAGUAUAUUAAUUAUCCUUAUUUCCCUGAUUUGAUUUGGUCAAUGUAUUUCAAACCUGAAUGUCUUAUUAGUGGAAAGAUGAAUUGAUGUCUCUACAAGCAAAUGUAGCCCAUGUACUGAAAUUUGUUGGGUUCUUUUUGUUUUGUUUUUGUUUUUUCUCAGGAGGGUAAAAGAGCAUAAUUCUCUUCUUUUUUUUCCAUCAAUGCUUUCCACCUGUGUUUAGAAAUGGUUCCUAUAGAAUUUCUGCUCAUUCAUAAAGCUGUAGUUUCCAUGAAACUGUCUUAGCAUAACCACAAUAUAUGGCUGACCGCCACCUGGAUUCAUUUACAGUAGCAUCAUGUGGAAAAGUUCCUAUGUGAAUAUUACCGUAGCAGAAUUGUGAGGCGAAUCUUCAAUGCUGUCAAGUUUACCAGUGUCACUGAGCUGUGCAUCGUUCAAACAGUUUAGUAUGUGCAAAGAGACGACAGGACGAGAGAGUCUGAUGUCGGGCCACAGUACUUCUGAGCGCCCUCAAAAAAACUUAAUGGCAGAUGUGGAAACUCCAACUCUCUUCUUGUAUUUCCACUUAUUUUUGUUUAGUCUUUCCUCACAGUCAGUUCUGCUCUAUGGAGGAUCUGUCUUUUUGUUUUUUUUUCUGUUACAGGUACUCACUAGACUGAGCAUUUAUACCUCAAUUUACACAGGUCAUGUCAGGCUUGGGUCAUAUGUAGAAUACUAAGUAUUAAAGUAAUAUUUUUAUUGUUCAUAAUACAUCAUGUCACUGUGACAACACCUUAUCGGUUAUAAUACUGGAAGUGGCUGGCUUACGAUUAGGCAGGCAGGUAUUUUCUUUUUCUUUUUUAAUAGCAGGUUUAUAUGUGAUUUUUAGAUGCAAAAUGCCGCUCCAAUCAGAUCAGACAAUGUGAUGAUGCAUGUAAAUAUUUUCAAGGUAUGUUCUCUUUUUUUGUUUUGUAUUGGCAUGAACUUUAUCUCAAACUGUAGUUUCUUUCCAGCCAAAUGCAUUCAAAAAUGUUUUUUCAAGUUCAUGUUGUGAAUCAUGACUGACCUUUGGCAGUAUGACUGGCUGCUGUGCCUUAAACCUACGACUGAGGGAUAAUGUCCCUUUUUUAUAUUAAAAACUUCUCAAUAGUCUGUGCAAUAUAUGCCUUAAACUUUAAAUGUGUGUUUUGUAUAAGCAUUUCAAAGAAAUAAAAGUUCAGUUUUUCAUAAA